CAACAUGUGUGUCUGGUUUUUUCCACUCGAGUUCGAAUCCCCCUCGGAAACAAACCAUUUUUACAUAAAUAAAAGACGCACUCGUAAUUUGUAGACUCCCAGUCACCUAUUAGACUUUCUUCUUUGAGCCCUUCAGAGUCUCACCUCCUCUCCUUCCCCAGAUCCAAGCUCCCCCCGUUGCGUAAAAAUGGAUAAUUACUCCUCUCAAGAAACCCAGAAAACAACCACCUCAAACCGAAACGUCGAUGAUCAAGACGGUCAUCACCAUCCAAAUCCCACCAACCCAUUUGUCCAAAUCCUCCAACAACCAAUCCAAUGGCUCCAAAUGCUCUCCUCAGAGCUAAACCCUACCUUUGUCCUGGGUGUGGUUCUUGUUUACGGACUCAGCCAGGGCUUCUCAGGUUCUUAUUUCAAAGUGGUCACGGACUACUACUGGAAAGACGUCCAGAAACUCCAGCCCUCUGUUGUACAGCUUUACAUUGGACUGUACUAUAUUCCAUGGCUCAUGAAGCCGGUUUGGGGCUUGUUGACCGACGUUUUUCCAGGGGGAUACAGAAGGCGGCCUUAUUUUGUCCUGGCCGGAGUUAUAGGGACAGUUUCAGCUCUCACGGUUGCAUUCAGUGGGAACUUGGCUGCUGUGGUGGCAUUGACUUGGUUGAUCGGCGUCACGGCAGGUGUGGCGAUUGCUGAUGUCACGAUCGACGCGUGUAUAGCCCGGAAUAGUAUUGAGAUACGGUCGUUGGCUUCGGAUUUGCAGAGCCUUUGUGGUUUCUGCUCUUCUGCUGGUGCUCUGGUUGGGUACUCUACUAGUGGGUUUUUUGUUCAUCAUCUUGGUCCUCAGGGUGCAUUGUGUCUCUUGGCAAUCCCACCAAUCUUUCUAACUGUUCUGGGCUUUGUUAUGUAUGAACAAAGAUCAACCAACCUUCACUCUCAUAGGAAGAAGGCAGUGGAAGAAGUGGGAGUGGCAAUGAGCGGAAUGUACAAAACAAUCAAACUACCUCAGGUGUGGAAACCUUCCCUUUACAUGUACCUCUCCUUGGCCCUCAGUAUUAACACUCAGGAAGGUAAUUUUUAUUGGUACACUGACCCUUCAGCUGGCCCUGCAUUCUCUCAGGAGUUUGUUGGGAUGAUUUAUGCAGUUGGUGCAGUGGCUUCGAUAGUAGGAGUUCUGAUCUACCACAAGACUCUGAAAAACUACCCUUUUCGGAACCUAGUCUUCUUUGCUCAACUCCUCUACGCCAUGUCCGGACUUCUCGACCUAACUUUCAUCCUAAGGUGGAACCUAGCUCUAGGCAUUCCCGACUACUUCUUUGUGAUCAUGGAAGAAUGCGUGUUUCGAAUCGUUACCAAGAUCCGAUGGAUGCCUAUGAUCGUACUGAGCACGAGGCUCUGCCCUCUAGGCAUCGAGGGCACGUUCUUCGCGCUGUUGAUGUGUAUCGACAGCCUUGGCUCGCUGUCGUCGAAAUGGGGUGGUGGAGCAGUGCUUCAUGCCUUGAGUGUCACAAGGACUAAUUUUACAAACUUGUGGCUGGCCCUUAUGAUUAGAAAUGUGUUGAGAUUUUUGACUCUUGGUUUGAUUUUCUUGGUUCCCAAGGCUGAUCAGCUUGAUAUGUUGAUUCCUUCUGAUCUUUUGACUAAGAAUUCUUCUGAAUUUAGUGAUGUAGAUGAUCAGAGCUUGGAAUUGGUCCCAUCGAAGGGGAAGAUUGAAGCUUAGGUGCCCAAUUUUUUAGGGUGAGAGGAAGUAGUGCCAGCGUAACUUGGUUUUAUAUAAGAUUUUUGUGACGAUUAUUGCAAUCGCUGCCUCAUAUAUUGUACAAAGUUUUACAUGACAAGUUUGGUUUGGGGGUACUUAUCUUGUAAAUGUUGAGAAAUGUCUGAAGUUCGGAUUCUUUUUUCAUCCUCGGUGUAUCUUAUACGAUGG